UAACAUAGGGACAAAGUUAUGGUGGGUGUAAUUUAUUUAGCGAUGCUGGGCGUGGCAGCAAUAAUAGGAGCUAUAAUAGGCACUUUAAUAGGUCUCUUACUAAGUUUCACUAGUCUUUCACCUCUGAUAAUAGGCGGAACUGUUGGAGCCAUCUAUGUAGUGCCAUUAAUUGCAGCUUUCAUAACAAUUCUUUUGUAUCCAAUUCCAUAUGAGCGUCAUAGCGGGUUAACAUUAAAAGAAACUGCGUGUCUAGCUGGCUUGUUUAUUGGAAGUGUUGCAGCCGGAGUUGGCCUUGUUGCAUGUGGCUUGACUCCAAUAAUUAAAGUAGAUUCUUUAUCAACUACAGUUAGUUCUUUGUUAGCUAUGGGAGCUACAAUACCAGUACUUCUGAUUGCAACUGCAAUUGGAGUAGCUAUUGUAAUCGAGCUCGCUAAGCAAGCUAAGGAGUACAUAUCAGGUAAAAUAAUGCAAGCAGAAAAAGAACCUGUGACUGAUACACAUGAAGAACCAGGCUCUAAAAUGGAAGAAGCAAAAGAAGAAAAAACUGCUAGAAAUAAGCAGGCAGUACGGGAAUGUUCAAAAAACUCACCUCAACCUGGUUAAAAUUUUCCUUAAAAGACAAAUACAGAAAAACAAGAAUAUCAAUAGCUUAUUGUUUUAGCAUUUACGAUAAAGCAGUAAGCAUUUUAAGACUAGUUACUAAUUUAGUAAAAUUCAAGACUUUCAAUAAUUUACCUAAAAUCUAAUCCAGAAUUCGGGUUAAUAAUAAAAUCUUGUUUUUUGAAAAUGAAUUUGGUAAACUUUGGUGAUAUAUUGUUUUUAGUAUUUAAUAAAUUAAAGUACGUACUUGAUAAUUUUUCUGAACGCUCUAAUCAAGCUAAAAUAGAAUUACUAAAAAGAAUUUCAAUCUGUUUACUAUGCGUGGCAACUAUUAUCUCUAUCGCUUUUUUGUUUGCCUAUAUGCAUACAAUGUUGCUUAGUAAAGGGUAUGAGUUAGCUGCACAUUAUGUUAGUGAAGCUAUGCCUUGUGUGUUACUUGUCGUUUUCUUUUUUAUUGCUUGGUUUAUAUAUGAUCAAAUAUUCAGCAAACUAAAGGAAGUAGAGCUGCCUAUAUCGAUAGAAUUAGCUAAUUCAGAUGAUAAAAGAAUAACAUUUGCUGAUGCUAUAAUUGAUGACUCCUUAAGACAACGGUUGCAGAUGAUUUGCUGUGACCAAAUGACAGAAGAAAUACGCAAGCUGUUUGGAAAUAAAAGUAUUAAUUCACUAAGAGGUUACAUAUUAUAUGGCCCUCCUGGAAAUGGUAAAACACUUAUCGCUCGUGCAAUUGCAGGUGAAUCAAAUAUGAAUUUCAUAAGCAUCUCAGGUCCUGAACUUAUUGGAGUAUAUAUUGGUCAUGGUGCACAUGCUGUACGCGAGCUUUUUAAAAUAGCAAAAAAAUAUUCUCCUUGUAUAGUCUUUAUAGAUGAAAUAGAUGCAGUUGCUCAAAAAAGAAGUACCGCUAAUAACUCAGCUUACCAUUGUCGAGAGAGUUUAACACAGUUGUUAACUGAAAUAGAUGGAUUUAAGAGCAGAAAAGAUAUAAUAGUAAUUGGUGCAACUAACCUUAUCGGUGGUAUAGAUCCAGCACUUAUUAGACCUGGACGUUUAGGUCAGAAGGUUUAUGUCCCUAAUCCAAACAUAGAGGUGAGACAAAAGAUAUUGGCACUUUAUAUGCGAGGUACAAAAACUGAUGAAAAGCUAAGCCUCCAAGACAUUGCAGACAAGACUGAAGGCUAUUCUGGAGCUGAGUUGGAGCAAUUAGUGAAUGAAGCAAAAAUUAGCGCUGGUGCGCAAAGACGGCUUAUAGUGAGUGAGGAAGAUUUCAGUUACGCGCUUCACAGGUUAAGUCCAGAACAAGAAAGAGAUAGAAUAAGGUUAGUUUCAAACGUGAAGACACCGACAGAAGUAUCUUAUUCUAUUUAGAGUAUAAAACUAUCAUAAAUUUUUCUGUUAUUUCCAAAUAAAUUGCUAUUAAUUUAAC